ACGAUGCGUCUGUUUCUGCUGGCAGUGCUCUUCUCGUGCUCCUGCGCGCGGGCCGGCUGCGAGCCGAAAAUCGUGAACAUCGGGGCCGUCCUGAGCCAGAAGAGAUACGAGCAGGUCUUCAAAGAUGCCGUGACCCAGGCCAACCAGGUCUACGGCAGGGACAAAUUCAAGCUGACCGCUAUCUCCGUAACUCACAAACCCAACGCCAUCCAGAUGGCUCUCUCUGUCUGCGAGGACCUCAUCUCCAGUCAGGUCUAUGCUAUCCUGGUGAGUCACCCUCCCCAGUCCAAUGACCACCUCACUCCAACACCUGUCUCCUACACUGCAGGCUUCUACCGCAUCCCCGUGGUGGGGCUCACCACCCGCAUGUCCAUCUACUCAGACAAGAGUAUCCACCUGUCCUUUCUGCGGACAGUCCCUCCCUACUCCCACCAGGCGCACGUGUGGUUCGACCUGAUGCGCGAGUUCAACUGGAACCACAUCAUCUUGAUAGUUAGCGACGACCACGAGGGGCGGGCCGCUCAAAAGAGACUCGAAACCCUCUUGGAGGAGAGAGAAACAAAGAAUAAAAAAAGGAACUAUGAAAACCUCGACCAACUGUCCUAUGACAACAAGCGAGGACCUAAGGCAGAGAAAGUCCUCCAGUUCAGCCAGGAGACUAACUUAACUGCCCUGCUGCUGGAGGCGAAAGAGCUGGAGGCCCGAGUCAUCAUCCUGUCCGCCAGUGAGGAAGAUGCUGCUGCAGUGUACAAGGCCGCCCGCUUCCUCAACAUGACGGGCUCGGGCUACGUGUGGCUGGUGGGCGAGCGGGAGAUGUCGGGUAAAGCCCUGAGCGAGGCGCCAGACGGUCUGAUCGGCCUCCAGCUCAUCAACGGGAAGAAUGAGUCUGCCCAUAUCAAUGACGCGGUGGCUGUGGUGGCUCAGUCCAUCCAGGAGCUCUUUGAAAAGGAGAAUAUCACAGAACCCCCGAGAGGAUGUGUGGGCAACACCAACAUCUGGAAAACAGGGCCACUCUUUAAACGGGUGCUGAUGUCAUCUAAAUACCCAGAGGGCCUAACAGGACGUGUGGAGUUCAAUGACGACGGAGACAGGAAAUACGCCCACUACAGUAUACUCAACUACCAGAAGAGUCGACUCAUUCAAGUCGGCAUAUACAAUGGAACACAGGUGGUAAUGAACAAUCAGCGGAAGAUCAUCUGGCCCGGGGGAGAGACUGAGAAACCACAGGGCUUCCAGAUGUCCACUCGGUUAAAGAUAGUGACGAUACACCAGGAGCCAUUUGUGUAUGUGAAACCCACUCAGCUGGAUGGAACAUGCAAGGAGGAAAUGACAUUAAAUGGAGUCUUAAUUAAAAAGGUUAUCUGCACUGGGCCCAAUGAGACCAUCCCAGGACGCCCAAUUGUACCCCAGUGUUGUUAUGGCUUCUGUAUUGACCUCCUGAUUAAGUUGGCUAUGACCAUGAACUUUACCUAUGAGGUGCAUCUGGUGGCUGAUGGGAAAUUUGGAACUCAGGAGCGGGUGAACAACAGUAACAAGAAAGAGUGGAAUGGCAUGAUGGGAGAGCUCCUGGGGGGCCUGGCUGACAUGAUUGUUGCCCCGCUGACUAUAAACAACGAACGAGCCCAGUACAUCGAAUUCUCGAAACCCUUUAAAUAUCAAGGCCUCACCAUCCUCGUUAAAAAGGAAAUCCCUCGCAGUACACUGGACUCGUUCAUGCAGCCGUUCCAAAGCACGCUGUGGCUGCUGGUGGGUCUUUCGGUGCAUGUGGUGGCGGUGAUGCUUUACCUACUAGACCGGUUCAGCCCGUUUGGAAGAUUUAAAGUAAACAGUGAAGAAGAAGAGGAAGAUGCCCUCACCUUAUCAUCUGCUAUGUGGUUCUCCUGGGGAGUGUUGCUGAACUCUGGAAUAGGAGAAGGUGCGCCGCGCAGCUUCUCAGCGAGAAUCCUGGGUAUGGUGUGGGCCGGCUUUGCCAUGAUCAUUGUGGCUUCUUAUACUGCCAACCUGGCUGCCUUCCUGGUGUUGGACCGGCCUGAGGAGCGCAUCACCGGCAUCAAUGACCCAAGACUGAGAAACCCAUCUGACAAGUUCAUCUACGCCACGGUGAAGCAGAGCUCCGUGGACAUCUACUUCCGGCGGCAGGUGGAGCUUAGCACCAUGUACCGCCACAUGGAGAAGCACAACUAUGAGAGUGCCGCCGAGGCCAUCCAGGCCGUUCGUGACAACAAGCUGCAUGCUUUCAUCUGGGACUCUGCGGUGCUGGAGUUUGAAGCCUCGCAGAAGUGCGACCUGGUGACCACGGGAGAGCUGUUUUUCCGUUCGGGCUUUGGCAUAGGCAUGCGCAAGGACAGCCCCUGGAAACAGAAUGUGUCCCUGGCCAUUCUCAGUUCUCAUGAGAACGGCUUCAUGGAAGACCUAGAUAAAACCUGGGUGAGAUACCAGGAGUGUGACUCAAGGAGCAAUGCCCCAGCCACACUCACCUUUGAAAACAUGGCAGGGGUCUUCAUGUUGGUGGCUGGAGGCAUAGCAGCAGGGAUCUUCCUCAUCUUCAUCGAAAUCGCCUAUAAGCGCCAUAAAGACGCCCGCAGGAAGCAGAUGCAGCUGGCCUUUGCGGCCGUCAACGUCUGGAGGAAGAACCUGCAGGAUAGGAAAAGUGGUAGAGCAGAGCCCGACCCCAAAAAGAAAGCCUCUUUUAGGUCCAUCAGUACCACCCUGGCCUCCAGCAUCAAGAGACGUAGGUCCUCCAAAGACACGCAGUACCCACCCACUGACAUCACGGGCCAACUCAACUUGUCUGACCCGUCUGUCAGCACUGUGGUGUAAAGAGAGGGAGACACUGAUCGCUCCCCGAGGAGAGAGGAAACGAGACGAACGGAGGAGGGAGUGGAGGCGAGAGGAAGGGAAAAAACCCAUCUCCUCGUUCCCUUCGCCGCCCAAGCCGAAGCUUUCAUUUCACCAACUGCCAACGGAGCUUUUGAGGAAACCGCUUGCUGAAGAAGUGGCUGAGAACACUGAACUUGCACCUUCUUUAAAGCCAGGAUUACCUGGCGUUAGAUGUUUGUAGGGUCCCUGAGCAUGCACAGAAGAACCCAUCCGACUCACAUAUACAAUC